AUGGCUACCCCUAGUGUCCUCACUUUUGACGCUGAGGGUCGAGCCAUUGACUUUGAGGUCUGGGUCGACGACCUGCAGCUGUUCUUACAGUGCGAUAGGGCGGACGGUCUUUCUCUCUUUGACCUCACCUCUGGCGCCUCUCCUGCCCCUGCUGCUGAUGCUGACCCCACUGUUCGCUCUCAGUGGGCCACCCGUGAUGCAGCUGCACGUCUUGCUGUGCGUCGCCACCUGCCUACCGCUGAGCGCGCGCACUUUAGUCAGUACAAGAGUGCUCAGACCUUGUACGACGCUGUAGUUGCGCGCUACUCUUGCCCUGCCACUGCUGCACUGAGCCGCCUCAUGCUACCCUUCCUCUUCCCUGACCUUGCCGCCUUUCCCACAGUCGCUGAUCUCAUUACGCACCUCCGCACUAUCCGGGACCACUUCCUUGCGGUCUGUCCCACCACUCUCAUAGUCGACAGCCUAGAGAAGGCCCUCCUCAUGGCGGAAAAGAGCAUCGUCGCUGUAGGUGCCUCUCGGGGUGACCCCCGCGCCCCCAUCUUUGAGGGGUGUUCUCCUUCCCCUCUCUUGCCCUCUGUCGCCUCUGCCGGUGCGGCCGACCUCGUUGGUCUUGAGUCGCUCGGUGCGGCGUCUGCCCCUAGCGGGAGACGUCUCCCUGGCAAGGGCAAGGGGGGCAAGGGAGCAGGUGGGGCUAGCGAGGGCGGUGGCGGUGGAGGUGGAGGCGGCGGAGGGAGUGGGGGUGGCGGUGGAGGAGGUGGUGGGGGUGGGGGUGCUAGUGGUAGCAGUGGAGGCGGAGGUGGCGUCGGCGGCGGCGGUACUGGCGGGGGUCGCGGCAGUGGCGGAGGUGGGGGAGGUGGAGGUGGAGGUGGUGGAGGUGGUCGGAGUGGCAGGUCGCAGCGGAGCGGCACUGGGGGUGGUCAGCGCCAGCAGCAGCAGCAGCGUUCUCGCGACGUCCCCACCCCUCAGCAGCUCCGUGAGUGGUACACGCAGCGUCAGCGUGGUGGGGGACUUGGUCCCUGCACCUAUGUCCUUCGCACUGGCGACCGCGCGGGUGAGCAGUGUGGGGGUGCCCACUCCACCCAGCGCUGUUUUGGCCGCCUGACGGACGCUUGGCGUCAGCAGUUUCCGGAGGCCACGGAGAUCCCCCGCUGGGGAGAGCUGUCUAGGGCUGGCGUAGCUGUUUUUGAUCUUGAAUUUGAUGCUAUCCUUGCUGCCAUGUAUGCUGUGACCAUUAGUGAUGAGGGUGACUGUUACCGGUGUUUUCCGCCCGACCCGGGCAUUGAGACUGCUGCUCUAGGUACUGGUGAGGCUGCUGCCCUAGGUGCUUGCGACGCUGCUGCUCUCGGUGCUAGUGUGUCUGCGUCCUCGGGUACAGGUGAGUCUGCGCUCUCAGGUACUACGUCGGCUUCGGCCUCCCACAGCUUCACCCUUGACUCUGGGGCGUCUCGCUCCUUCUUUCGGGAUCGCACCACACUCACGCCGCUUAGUCAGCCGGUUGCGGUUUCCCUGGCUGACCCCUCUGGGGGUCCUGUCCUCGCUCACUUCUCCACUGUCCUCCCGUGUCCGGCGGCUCCCUCUGGCACCCUGUCUGGUCUCUACCUCCCCUCGUUCUCUACGAACUCGGUGAGUGGUGCUGACCUACAGGAUGCGGGAGUCCACCAGUUCACCCCUGCUCGUCAGCGGGGGCGCCAGCGUGCUACCCCUCACUCCUCCCAGUUUCCUCCGAUAGAGGCCCCGUUGCAGACGCUUCACAUGGACGUGUGGGGCCCAGCCCGCGUCCGUGGACAAGGUCACGAGCGCUACUUCCUGCUUGUUGUUGACGACUACUCGCGUUACACCACAGUCUUCCCCUUGCGCAGCAAGGGUGAUGUCACUGAGGUGCUGAUCGACUGGAUCCGCGCAACUCGUCUCCAGCUCAGGCAGAGCUUUGGCUCGGACUUUCCUGUUCUGCGUCUGCACUCGGACAAAGGCGGAGAGUUCUCCUCUGGCCUUCUGAGAGCCUACUGUCACGCACGGGGCAUUCGUCAGACCUUCACGCUUCCGGACUCUCCACAGCAAAAUGGGAUCGCUGAGCGCCGCAUUGGCAUGGUCAUGGACGUCGCUCGUACGUCUAUGAUGCAUGCGGCUGCCCCCCAUUUUCUGUGGCCGUUUGCGGUGAGGUACGCGGCGCACCAAAUCAACCUCCACCCCAGGGUCUCCCGACCGGAGACCUCCCCAGCCCUGCUGUGGACGGGGAAGGUUGGCGAUGCGUCGGCGUUCUGGGUCUGGGGAUCUCGGGCGUUUGUCCGCGACUUGUCUGCGGACAAGCUGUCCCCUCGCGCUGCUCCCUGCGUCUUCCUGGGGUUCCCCCCCGACGCCCCUGGGUGGCAAUUCUACCACCCCACCUCUCGCCGUCCCCCCUCGGUAGACCCCCUUAACCCUCAGGGUCCUGCCCCUUCAGGUGUGUCCCAGGUAGACGCGGUCGAGCCUGUCGAGGUCACUGGUGACUCUGGUGCUGCUGUGGGUGCUGAGCCUAGGGGUGCUGAGACUGGGGGUGCUGAGCCUAGAGGUGCUGCGCCUGGGGGUGCUGAGCCUGGGGGUGCGGAGCCUGGGGGUGCGGAGCCUGGGGGUGCUGAGCCUGGGGGUGCUGAGCCUGGGGGUGCUGUGCCUGGGGGUGCUAAGCCUGGGGGUGCUGAGCCUGGGGGUGCAGAGCCUGGAGGUGCUUUGCCAGGGGGUGCUGAGCCUGGUGUUUCUUCGCCUGGAGGUUCGCCGGGUGCUUCGCGUACUGCUGGUGCUGGAGGUUCUUCGACUGCUGAGGGUGCUACUGUCGCGGGUCCCGGAGCUGCUGGGCCUGCGGGUUCGACUGGAGUUGGUGCUGCUGAGGGUGUUGGCGCUGAGACUACCGCUGGCGGUCCUGCUGGCGGUGCUCCUGGUGUUGCUGGGGGUUCUGGAGCUGCUGGGGGUGCUGCUGGAGGUGCUACUAGAGCGGGUGCUCCUGCUAGGGGUACUGGUGCUGUCCCUUCUGUGUCUGGUGUCACCGCGCGGCCUCGACCGUACUUCGUUCCACUCCUGCAGCAGGUUCAUGGUCUUCCACCUUCUCCUGGCUCUCCUCCUCUCUUAGAGCGUCUACAGCCUGUCCCGUCCCAGUCACAGCUACAGCCUGCUCCCCUCUUACCUGCUCCUUCUCCCUACGCUGGUCCUAAUGGAGGUCUUACUGAGCGUCGUGAGCCUGCAUCUCGUCCUGCGUCACCUGUUCGUCCUGCACGCACUAGUGGUCGCAGUUCGUGUCAGCGUCCUCCUCCUGUCCCUGGCACGCACCGGAUGUCACUGCGUCCGUCUAGUGCUGCUCUUCGUGCCCCUUUUCCUUCUCCUCCUGAGUCCUUUCUUCCCGCUCUUGCCGACCCGGAGUCAGACUCUCUUCGUGCUGCCAGUCCUACCGUAACGCGUUUCCUUGCUACUGUUGUCACUGACCCUUCUUUCGAGUCUUCUGCUGCGUCUGCCCUCGUUACUGAGCUCGUCGACUUUGCUGCUCGCUGUCGCUUAGACUACGCUGCUAGUCUUGUCGCAGAGUCUGAGUCUUUCUGUCCUCCGUCCGUCGGGGGUGAGUGUGCCCUUGGCACGGACGUCAUCGAGGACAAGCAGGAGGAGUUACAAUGUCUGGCAGCCGCUUCACCGCAUCUCUUGUCCGUACUGCUUACCCCUGAGGGAGACCCGGAUGCACUUGACAUCCCGACUCCGCGCUCUUACGCGGAGGCGAUAGAGGGUCCCUACUCCUCUUAG